AAGUUGAUGAGUUGCGGGAUCUGGCACUCAUUCGUUCAAGGUCACGUACUCCUCUGCCCGUCCGUGUUCCAUAUCGGCCGGCAGAUGUCUGCUACGAGCUGGUGGGUUACACAUCAUAAUGGCUGUCUCUAAAAAUGUGUCCACCUUCCAGAUGGAAAGCCAAACUCUUACUCAGAAAUUGUUGUCACUAUUUUACACUCCAGCAAGAUGUCUGCAAGGGGUGACAACUGUAAAAAGGGCACCUACCGAGGAAUUAAAAGACAUCUUCGAUAAGUAUGCUUCAAUUUCUAAAGGACCAGAGAAGCUGAUGACAUCAACAGACUUCAUUCGUGGGUUCCUUGGACUUUUUCCUGAUGCAAAUUAUGACCCAAAUUCAGUUGCUCUUCUUGGUGGAAUUAUUGAUUCCAGUAAAGAUGGGUUAAUUUCAUUCCCUGAGUUUCAAGCAUUUGAGGGACUUCUGUGUCUUCCAGAUGCGCUUUACCUUACUGCAUUUCAGCUUUUUGACACCAAUGGCUCAGGCUUAGUGUCAUUUGAGAAUUUUGAAAAUGUAAUGAAGCAAACCACUCUGCAUCAACGUAUCCCUUUUGAUAUGGAUGGUGAAUUUGUCCGUCUGUAUUUUGGCAAAGAAAAGAGCCGGCAAAUUUCUUAUUCGGAGUUCAGCCAGUUUUUGCACGAUUUCCAUGAGGAAUAUGCCAAAGUUGCUUUUAAAAAAUACGACCCAGAAGGAACUGGUUUCAUUUCUGCGUUGGAUUUCAAUGAUAUCAUUUUAAGUGUCAAGAGUCAUCUUCUUACACCCGAUGUCAAAUCUAAUUUGAUUGCUCUUACCCGUGGAGGUUCCAGCCCUGGUAGUAAAGUCUCCUAUGCGUAUUUCGUGGCCUUUACUUCCCUUCUCAACAACAUGGAAUUAAUUAAGAAACUGUAUCUGCAAGCCACUUCAAAUAAAUUUAACAUAGAAGUUACUCGAGAGGAAAUGCUGCAAGUGUCUCAGACAAUGUCGCAAGUUACCCCUCUUGAAUUGGAAAUUUUGUUCCUACUUGUCGAUCUUCAUAAACAAUCAGGACGCAUCACCUACGCCGAUCUUCAGGCCAUCGCUCCUGAUCAGUACAUGAAGAAGAUAAAUCAGCGUUUGGCGGCUGUCAAGUCUGCGGUACCUGUUGAUCGCAGUGUCACGAGUCAAAUCUUUGAGAGUGCAUAUCGUUUCACUUUGGGUGCUGUGGCUGGCGCCGUGGGAGCUACUGCCGUCUACCCCAUCGAUCUUGUUAAAACUAGAAUGCAGAACCAACGAAGCGGCUCCUUCGUUGGUGAGUUGAUGUACCGCAAUUCAAUGGACUGUUGCAAGAAGGUCAUUCGACAUGAAGGAUUCUUCGGUCUUUACCGUGGAUUGGUUCCUCAACUGAUGGGAGUCGCCCCCGAAAAGGCCAUCAAGCUCACCACAAAUGAUUUGGUUCGCGAUAAAUUUACAACGAAAGGUCAGAUCCCCCUCUAUGGUGAAGUGAUUGCUGGGGCCUGCGCUGGCGGCUCACAGGUGGUGUUUACCAAUCCUUUGGAGAUUGUCAAAAUUCGUCUGCAAGUUGCCGGCGAGAUUGCCUCGGCCUCAAAAGUGGGCGCCGUGUCGGUCGUCAAAGAAUUGGGAUUCCUCGGUUUGUACAAAGGUGCCAGGGCCUGUGCAUUACGAGAUAUCCCAUUCAGCGCUAUUUAUUUCCCGGCUUACGCCCACACGAAAGCUGCAAUGGCCGAUGAGAAUGGCUACAAUUCACCGCUCUCAUUGCUCGUCUCCGGCGCCAUUGCCGGAAUUCCUGCCGCUUCACUCGUUACGCCAGCUGACGUCAUCAAAACUCGACUCCAGGUAGUGGCACGCAAAGGGCAGACAACCUACACUGGCGUCAUCGAUGCAGCUCGUAAAAUUUGGGCCGAAGAAGGAGGACGCGCUUUCUGGAAAGGAGCUGGAGCCCGUGUAUUGCGCAGUUCGCCUCAGUUCGGUGUCACUUUAGUCACAUACGAGCUGCUCCAGCGUUUCUUUGACGUCGACUUUGGCGGAAACCGUCCGACUGGAUCACACGUUGACAAGGUCGAGCCUUUGGCCGUCCAGAAAGUCCCUGCCGACCACAUUGGCGGUUACCAGUUGGCCCUGCCUAUUUUCGCCGGAAUGGAAUCGAAGUUUGGUCUCUUCUUACCAAAGUUCAGAGCCGGCAGCAUCGUGAUGCCCACCUCGCCGUCUCCUUGAUUCUAUUUCAUGACGUAAGUGGGGCUAGUAGUUGACAAAUGAAAUAGGGGAAUUUUUUUUCGACUGGACUGGCCAGGAAAUGAAAAUAAUAAUAAUUCUUACAGUAAAAAAAAAACACACUGGCCAACAACAAAAAAACAAUAAAUUAAAUUGUUGUUUGAUUAUUAUUUCAUAGUCGGUUCAAAUUGUGUACCUAUUGAAACAUAAUUUAAUUAGUGUACAUGCGAUUGUUGAUUGAAACAAAAAAAAAAUACUUUCUGAAAUGA